AAGAGUAUGAUUAUUUUAUGGGGUAAAGAACGUGCCACCAUUAGAGGUGCUAAUCUUGAACUUGUACUUGUUGAUAAAAAUUCAGGUUCUGCAGCAAAGACUAAGGCAGCAUUUCUCUUUGGAAGUAUUGAAAUGCUAAUUAAACUAGUACCUGGAAAUUCUGCAGGUGUUGUUACAACGUUUUAUCUGUCAUCUACUGGUGAUAAACAUGACGAAAUAGACUUUGAGUUCUUAGGAAAUGUAACGGGACAACCCUACACAAUCCACACAAACGUCUACGCUCAAGGAAAGGGAAACAGGGAAGAACAGUUUGUUCCAUGGUAUGACCCGAGUGCUGCUUUCCACAACUAUACCAUCCACUGGAACCCAUCAGAGAUUGUGUGGUAUGUAGAUAGAAUACCAAUCCCUGUCUACAGAAACUAUGAAAGCGAAGGAGUUCCAUACCCAAAUAAACAAGGAAUGAGAGCUUUAACAAGUCUAUGGAAUGCUGAUGACUGGGCAACAAGAGGUGGUCGUGACAAGACUGACUGGACACAAGCUCCAUUCAAGGCUCAAUAUAGGAGGUUCAGGGCUAGGGCUUGCAAGUGGAAGGGAGCAGUCAGUGUUACACAAUGUGCCAGCAAGUCUUACUGGUUCACAUCUCCAGUUUAUAGCCAACUAACUACUGCUCAAAAAGGUCAAAUGGAUUCGAUUAGAAACAAUAAUAUGAUCUAUGCUUACUGCAAUGAUACUAAAAGAUUCGGUGGAAUUAUUCCAAAAGAAUGUUCGUUGCCCCAAUUUUAG